AAACUUUUUAAUGACUAUUUCUUCAAUUCUUUUGGGUUUUUUUGUUUUGUUUUUCAACACCUUCAAGCCUUCAAGUUCUGUGGAGACGUUCUUUGAUUCUCUUGUGAGGCAGGCAAAGAUCCCCAACAUUUUCUCCUUGCAGAUGUGUGGUGCUGGACUGCCUGUUCCUGGAAGUGGUACCAACGGAGGUAGUCUUGUUCUGGGUGGAAUUGAACCAAGUCUGUACAGGGGUUAUAUUUGGUACACACCGAUCAAAGAGGAAUGGUAUUACCAAGUCGAAAUUCUCAAACUGGAGGUCGGAGGACAGAACCUUGAACUGGACUGCAGAGAGUAUAAUGCCGAUAAAGCGAUAGUAGACAGUGGGACCACGCUCCUUCGUCUGCCUCAGAAAGUCUUCAGUGCUGUUGUGCAAGCAAUAGCUCGCACAUCUCUGAUACAAGAAUUCUCUUCUGGUUUCUGGACUGGUUCACAGCUUGCAUGCUGGGAUAAAACUGAAAGACCUUGGUCCUUAUUUCCCAAACUCUCCAUCUACCUGAGGGAUGAAAACUCCAGUAGGUCGUUUCGGAUCUCUAUCCUACCACAGCUUUAUAUUCAACCCAUCCUUGGAAUAGGAGAGAAUUUACAGUGCUACCGAUUCGGCAUCUCUUCCUCCACAAAUGCUCUAGUUAUUGGUGCUACAGUCAUGGAAGGCUUCUAUGUAAUAUUUGACAGAGCCCAGAGGAGAGUGGGCUUUGCAGUGAGUCCGUGUGCAGAAGUUGAUGGCUCUCCAGUAUCUGAGAUUGAAGGCCCUUUCACAACAGCAGAUGUUGCAAGCAACUGUGUUUCUAGUGUUUCUUUCCAUGAACCAGUGUUGUGGAUUGCCUCCUAUGCUCUCAUGAGCCUGUGUGGAAUUAUCCUCCUUGUACUGAUCAUCCUGCUGCUUAUUCCACCACGGUGUCAGCACCGCUACACCGACAAUGACGUGGUCAAUGACGAAUCUUCCUUAGUGCGUCAUCGAUGGAAAUGAGAAACUUGAUCAUGAAACCUGGGACUUAAACAGAAUGAAGAACAAAGUACUUUGCCAAGGGGAAGAAGCCAAUGCCUCAGUCCUUCCUACGUUCAUUACAAUUGCUGUUGAAAUCCCGCCAAAUACCCUGCAUCAUAACUUUUUAAGCUUUAUUUUCUAACACCGAUUCUGAACCAAAACACUGUUAACCACCUCGUAAGUGCUAAGGUACUGGAUUUGCUACUGCAGUACAAUGAGCCUUUAUGCUCUCAAUAGUACCUUCUUUUAAAAA